AUGUCUAGAUACGCCGCUUCUCAUACCAACCCCAAAGGUCCCGGAGAUGCACGCCCUACAGCCCUCCAAGUUGUUGAGGACGAAGGACUCAUCGGCCAGCUGACUGGAAAAGUUGUCCUUAUAACGGGCGCGAACACUGGCAUCGGUGCUGAAACGGCACGCGCCAUCCACGCGACAGGUGCUACCCUUUUUCUCACGGCAAGAAACUCGACCAAGGCCCAACAGGCCGUCGACAGUGUCAAAAACGGACCUGGGCCGAAGUCUGAUGCACCUGUGCACGCCAUUGAGCUCCGUUUGGAUUCUUUGACAUCGGUGCACUCGGCUGCCAAAGAGUUUCUCUCAAGGAACGACAAACUCAACUUCCUUAUCCUCAACGCCGGCGUCAUGGCCACGCCAGAGGGCAAGACGGAAGAUGGCUUUGAGACUCACUUUGGGACUAAUCAUUUGGGCCAUUUCCUCCUCUUCCAACUAUUAAAGCCCGCGCUUCUCGCAGCCUCUACUUCCGAGUUCCAGUCCCGCGUCGUUGCUGUGUCAUCUAUGGCCCACCGCGUAAGCAAUGUCCGUCUUGACGAUCUCAACUUUGAGAAGGACCCUUACGAGCCUUGGCAUGCGUACGGACGAUCUAAGACGGCCAACAUAUACUUCGCUAAUGAAGUCGAGAGACGUUAUGGGUCCAAGGGGCUACACGCCCUCUCUCUACAUCCAGGGAUCAUUGCCACGAACCUGCUACAAUACCUCCCAAACGAACAGAAGGAGGCACUUUUGAAAAAUGAAUCGAUACAAAAGACCGUAAAGAGCGUCUCUCAGGGAGCGGCUACAACCACAUAUGCUGCGCUAAGCAAAGAGUGGGAGGGUCGAGGUGGCAAAUACCUCAACGACCUUGUCGAACAGGGUCCUGCUGACAUGACGUCUAAAACCGUGCCUGGAUACGCUCCAUGGAUUUACGAUGAGCUUCCGGCCAAGGAGCUUUGGGAAAAGUCAAACAAGCUUGUGGGCCUUAAUGAUGGCUCGUGA